AUGCCAAAAACUCAAGUAAUUUAUAGAGCUACAAUCGGUUCAAUCGCAGAAUACAGUUCUGAUGAUGAUUGGAGUUUAUGGGCUGAACGUUUAGAGCAGUACUUCUCUGCAAAUGAUAUUGAUCAAGAAAAGAGAGUACCAGUGCUAUUAACCCUAAUAGGUGAUAAAGCCUAUAAAACCCUGAGGGAUCUCUGCGAUCCAGCUUUGCCGAAAGAUAAGACAUACAAGGAAUUGAGGGAUAUACUAACGGCACAGUUUUCGAAGAAGGUAUCUAUAUUCAAGGAGCGGAUAGAAUUUUACAAUUUGAAGCAGAUGGAACGUGAGGCAGUACGAUCAUGGUAUGUAAGGAUAAAAAAUAAAGCCAGUGCCUGUAAAUUUAGAGCAAAUCUGAAUGAAAUUCUAAAGGACAAGUUCGUAGCUGGAAUGUGCAAGAGCCCUAAACUAGAUAGAGUCUGCGAGGAGGAUCAUACCAAAAGCUUGGCACAAGUCCUGGAAGUAGCAGUUAACAAAGAAGCAGCACUAGGAUCCGAUUACCAAACUCUGCAUAAGUUGAAGACAAAGAAAGGGCAAGAGCAGAAGUCAAACACAUGGAAGAGUAACAAAAAUGGACCACAACACUCCAAGGGGGAAAUAAAGCAUGGUGAAACGGCACAGAAAUGCAAGUGUUGUGGGUUAGGGAACCAUGUAAAGAAGAACUGUCAUUUAGCUAAAGUAUGUUAUAAACGCCAAGUACAUCAGGUGGAAACACAUGAAUCCAAUUUAGAUUAUGCUGAAAUGUACCAUUUGAAGUGUGAUAACUAUGUGGCAUCACCACAAAUUUCAUUAUUAGUGAAUGAGAACCUUAUUAAUAUGGAACUUGAUUCAGGUGCUAGCAUUUCAGUAGUCCCCGAGAGCUGUUUCAAUAAUUAUUUCAAGGAAUCUAAAUUAAAGAGUACCAAUAUAAGAUUAAAAUGUUAUGAUGGGACCGAAAUUGUACCUGAAGGUGAAUUCCAUACCACAAUAAACUAUAAGGGUCAAGUUUUUGAAUUUUGUAGAUUUUUAGUGGUUAAGAAAGGUUCAGUUCCUUUGCUUGGCCGAGAUUUAAUAAAACGCCUUAACAUUAAAAUUGAUCUUGCUGAUCCAAGGUAUCCAACUAUAAAUUCAUUGAAAGGAAAGGACGAUUUGAAAAUUUUGUUAAGUAGGUUUAAAGAAUUAUUCAAAGAUGAACUCGGUACUUAUAGGCAUGAAAAGAUAGAGCUAAAUAUUAUGCCAGAUGUGAAACCCAUCUUCUGUAAACCCAGACCAGUCCCGUUCCUCUUCAAGGAAAAAAUCAAUAGUGAACUAGAAAAAUUAGAAGCUAAGGGGGUCAUUUCAAAAGUAGAAACUUCAGAGUGGGGAACACCGUUAGUUCCUGUAAUGAAAGAGAGCGGGGAAAUAAGAUUGUGUGCGGAUUAUAAGGUCACGGUGAACAAAUAUUUGAUAGAUGUAAAGCAUCCAUUGCCAAGGAUAGAUGAACUGUUUUCUCAGCUUCAUGGAGAAUUUUUCUCAAAAUUAGAUUUUUCCUGUGCGUAUAAUCAGUUAGAAUUAGAGGAAAAUACAAAAAAUUUAUUAGCGUGGAGUACACAUAAAGGUAUUUAUAAAGUAAAUCGAUUACCCUUUGGCACUAAACCGGCUUGUUCUAUUUUCCAAAAAAUUGUUGAAAAAGUUUUGCAAGGUGUGAAUGGAACGGUUAUAUUUUUGGACGAUAUCGUUGUGACUGGAAAAAACAGGGAAGAGCAUAUGAAAAAUUUGGAAGAAGUUUUUGAUAAGUUGAGUAAAGCGGGAUUCAGAUUGAAUUUGAAAAAGUGCGAAUUUUUCGUACCAGAAGUGAAGUAUUUAGGUCAUUACAUAAACAAAAAUGGUCUUCAUAAAUAUUUCGAUAAAGUCAGAGCGAUUACGGAGAUGCCAACACCAACUGACCAGGGACAAGUGAAAUCGUUUGUAGGAAUGGUCGGAAUCGGUUGUGUCCUGGUACAUGUGUUUCCAGAUGGUACUGAAAGACCCAUAAGUUUUGCGUCCAGGAAAUUGAACAAGGCAGAAUUAAAUUAUUCAGUCAUACAUAAGGAGGCUCUAGCUAUUUAUUGGGGAGUGCAGAAACAUUAUCAGUACUUAUUAGGAAAUUCGUUUACUUUGUGUUCAGACCACAAACCGCUGUUAGCCCUAUUCGGGGAAAAUAAAGGCAUCCCUCAGAUGGCUGCGGGAUGUUUACAACGAUGGGCGCUUUUCCUCAGUGGAUUUAAUUACCAUUUCCAAUAUAUUAAAGGCUCUGAAAAUGGAGGAGCCGACGGUCUUUCUAGAUUUCCGAUUGAAUCGAAGGAAAAGGGUGAAAUAUUGGUUGAUUAUUUUCAUUUUUUAUUAGAAGAUAAAAUUCCGAUAAGCGCCAAAGAAAUACGUAAUGACACAAGAAUUGACAAUGUUUUGAGCAAGGUUUACCUAUUCGUUAAAGAGGGCUGGCCUGAUAAUACUUCGGAAGAGUUGUUACCUUAUAAACGGAGAAAGUUAGAACUUGGUAUUGAAGGUGGAAUUUUACUUUGGGGAUUUAGAGUGGUAAUUCCAAGUAAGUUCAGAAGACAAAUAUUGGAGGAAUUACAUGGUGCUCAUAACGGAAUGGUUAAAAUGAAAGCUUUGGCGAGGCAAUAUUUAUGGUGGCCUAAUUUAGACGCAGAUAUUGAGAAAUAUGUAAAAAAUUGUAGUCCUUGUAUGACAUUGGCAAAAAAUCCAAAUAAAGCGGUUUUAACGAAGUUUGCGGAAGGAAAACACGUUUUCGACAGAAUCCAUAUAGAUUUUCUCGGGCCAAUACAAGGAAGAAAUUUCUUGAUCAUUAUAGACGCUUAUUCCAAGUGGCCCGAAGUAUAUGAAAUGGGUAAAAUGGAUUCACGAUCCACCAUAGAUAUGCUAAGGGACUGCUUCGCACGAUUUGGUUUACCAAAUAUUAUCUUUUCGGAUAACGGGGCUCAAUUAACAAGUUCAGAUUUUGAAGAGUUCUGUAGAUUUAACGGUAUUAAACAUUCCACUUCACCACCCUUCCAUCCUGAAACGAAUGGUGCAGCGGAGAAUAGCGUGAAAUAUUUUAAAAAUGCAAUAAAAAAAUUACUUAUUGACGUUAGAGAGAAAGGUUCAUCUCUCAAAUCCAUGAUAAAUAAGUAUUUGUUUUCUUAUCGUAAUACUCCUCAUUGCACAACUGGGGAAACUCCAUCAAAACUGAUGUUCGGGAGACAGGUCAAGACAAGACUUGAUUUUUUAACAAAGUCAGAAGCAAAUUUGAAUAGGGAGAGACAAAUAAAGUUUCAUCAUGGGAAUAGGGAAGUUGAAUUUGAAGAAGGGGAAGAAAUUUAUACCAAAGAUUAUAGAGACAUAACUAGAACAAAAUGGGUUAGGGCAAUCAUUUGCAAUAAAUUGGGUAGAAGAAUAUAUAUAUGUACACCUGUAGAUAAUAAAAAAUUAAGAUGGAAAAGACAUUUAGAUCAGUUAAUUAAAAUAGGAAGAUUUUAUGAUGACUUAGAAAUAGACAAUUCUGAUAAAAUUGAAAAUGUGAAGCCAAUAAUCGAAAAUGUAGAUUCUUGGAUGGAGGAAAUGUAA